AUGUCAAAAUCGUUCCCGUUGUUACGACUACCACAUCUGGCACUUUUACAUGUUCUUCGAUUUUUUAGUACUGCUGAUUUAGUUGAUAUAUCAUUAUGCUCAAAAGUGACCCAAUAUCUCGUCAAACGUGUCAUCAAGAAGCCUCGAAAACUACAAUUUUUCAUUGAUGGAGAAUUUCAAAUUUGGAUUACAUUGAGAAGAUCUCAAAUCAUUUGGACAUUUUAUUACGAUGAGUUGAAAGAAAACCCGUAUCGAAUCCCGUCGUCUGGAAUUGUGAAAGUAACGAAAUGGUCGGGAUGGGGAGUGAAAACAAUGGAAAAGAAUUAUCAAAUGAAUGACUUUGGAAUCAGAAAUUGGAUGGAUCAUAUCGCUAAACUUUUCAAUUUGCUCCUGGAUGACCUGACAAUUCGUGAUUUUGUGAAGAUGUUCGAGAUUCAAGAUAUCAGAAAUCUAGUUGAUGGAUUGAAAAUUCAGAAUGUGAGAAUCGGUUAUUUCAUUCCUGAUCCUUAUGUUCAAACGAUUCUAGAAGCAGUUCAAAUCAACAAAACCCUAAUUCUCCCAUCAACUUCAAAGCAGAUAUCUCCAGAAAAUAUAAAGUUUAACAUGGAGGAAUUAAAAUUGGAAUUGAGUAACUUCUUGACGAUAGAUCAUGUUUCGAAUAUGAACUGCAGAUUCAUCGAUUUGGGAUAUUCGAAUUUCGAAGAUUCUCAGUUGAAUUUAUUUCUGAAAUCCUGGAUGACUGGAGAAUGGAACAGAGAAUUGGAAGUGCUGAAAACUAGAAGUGAGGAAGGAAAAAUAUGGAUAACUGAGAGGAUUUUGGAUGGAUUGGAUGCACUGAAAGUGACUGCAGAGAGGGCGUUUCGAAUAAAAUCAGUGAAUAGCCGUAUUGGAAAAGAAAUGAAACUGACUGCUCCGAGUUGGGAUAUUCAUCGAGAAAACACGAUUGGAUCAGGUACAAUUCGAAGUAUCGAUGACAUACAAUCAUGUUUUUUAUUUUGUGUUUGGCCUGAAUGA